AUUGUUCUGCUUUUCUGUCAAAAAUUAAUACUUGCUUAUAUCGGUAUUCUAAAAUUUUGGAUUAAAGAUAAUUUAAAGCGUAAUUUCAUAUACAUGCAUGAUUUAUUAUCUAUGUAUAUAUUUAUUAUUUAGGUAUACAUGUUAUAAAACUAGCGUUGAGUGAAGAGAUACUAUAGUGUUGUUUCUUAUAAGUUGAGCAUGUUGAAUAUAACCCAACAACCGGCUUUAAGUGAUAGUAUUCUAAUAAAUGAAAGAAAUUUGCCAAAUGGAGUUGUCUACAGAAAUAAAUCGAAGAUUUAUGAUACGAAUUAUUGGCAUAAAUUUACAGUUAAAAAUGCCUUAAAUAUAGAUAGAGAUGAUCUUCUAAUGACCCUUAUCCAGCAUGUUUAUCCUUUGGAUUUACUACCAACAAAUUAUUAUAAAGAACAAGGUACAGCAUACUUUUUAGCAAGAAGUUGUGGACCUGCAAUUGAAAAGUUAUGUUUUGACAAUCUGGAAGUGAAGUAUCCUGGAGGACGUGCUCUUAAACUUUCAAUAGAAAUAAAGUUUUCCACGACCAAAGAUGUAAAAAUUAAUGUUUCAUCAAAUAUAUCCACAGUUUUAGAGAAGAGAUUUUGUACUCCUACAAAAUAUUUAAAUCUGGAAAAUUUUCACAAAGAUCCAGAACUAACUGAGUUUUGCCCCUUGGCACAGCCUAAAAUAAUGUAUUUUGUGUUACAUUUAGCACAAUCAUUAAGACCUAAAAAAGUUAAUAUGGCAAAUAAUGGUAUAAAAAGUUUAGCUCCUUUGGAAACAUUAACAGGUCACAACAUUGAGUUUUUAAAUUUAAGAGACAAUAAGAUUGAAGACCUUAAUGACUUAAAGGCUUUAAAAAAUUAUGUAUCCCUCAAAGAGUUGGUGCUAGAUAACAAUCCAUUAUGUGAAACAGUAAACAAUCCUUACAACUACAUAAGUGCUGUCAGGGGACUAUGUCCAACUGUUAAAAAAUUGGAUGGUAUUAUGGUACAAAAAAAUUUUAAUGUAAUACCUCCAGUGCAGCGUAAUUAUUUUUGCGAUUCGAGCGGUUUAGAUUUGAUUAGUAGGUUUAUAGAAUACUAUUUUACAAUUUACGACUCAGGAGAUAGACGAAAUUUAAGGGACUUGUAUGAUAAAGAUGCAUUUUUUUCUUUGAGUUGGUGGUAUAAUUCAUUUCAAACCCGAACGACUAAGUGGUCGCAUUAUAAAAUGUUGUCAAGAAAUAUUAAGCAGUUAUCUGAUAUGUCUAAGUUAUCAAAUACUUUAUUUACUAAACACCAUAUAAUAGAUACUGUUUUUACCAAUCUACCACCAACUGAGCAUGAUCCAUAUUCCUUUACCGUCGACCUUAUACAUUAUACGCCUGCAUGUGCUAUAGUUGCUGUAUGCGGGUUGUUCAGAGAGUUCGAGGAAAUCGGUGGUGUCCCCAGUUUGACUUAUCAUUUUUCACGAACAUUUGUUCUAAAGGAAAACCAUGGUUCCAUGAUGAUAGUUAAUGAAAUGAUGCAUAUUAAUAAUGCUUUUAAAACCCAAGUAUUAACAGCUUUUAAUAUUGAUAAACCAUUGUGGCCAUCUAUUCGUCCAGAGGCCGCAACACCAUCACAAAAGGAGGAGGCGGCAAAUGCUGUUAGUCGACUGACCACCUUAAACACCAACUGGGCCAAAAAGUGCUUGGAGGACACUGAUUACGAUAUACAGAAGACACUUACCUUGUUUGUGGAUCUUUUUAAAUCUAACAGACUUCCUGCAGAAGCUUUUGCCAAAACCGAUCCAAAACCCGACCAGGCCAAAAGUCUUACUUCAGAUUUGUAUGCUUUCAUGAAUCCGGAAAAGGAAGGUUUUAAUGAUAUACCUAAAAAAAACGAUAAAAAAUCUGAUAGUGAUGUAGUUAAUCUCAUCUCGCCAAUACAUUCUCCCAGAAGAAGCUCACCAUUAUUGGCCCCACCUCCCCCUGUAAUUUCAAAUAAGAAUCGUGGUAAAAAUGCAACUAACCGAAAUCAAUUUAAUGCAUUUUAUUAAAACAGUAAAUUUAGGUAAUGAAUUUAUUACUUAAUAUUAGAUACUCUAAAAAGUCCUCGCCGAUUUUUACCUAUCUGAAACAAAUAUUAAAUUUAUUUUUAUUAAACCAAAUAUGCUCCAUUAUGAGCAAUGAUGCAUUAGUUAAGAACUUCUUUGGUUUCUGGACAAAAAAUUUUUUUAGGCUUCUUUUAAAACCAACUAUAUACAAUUAAAUGAGUUUUGUCGGUAUUAAAACAAAUGAUGAAUUGAAGGUGUAAGGUUUGGACUCAUUUUAGUACCUACUCAUAAUUUUUUGAGAUGGCAUGAAAUUCGGUCUAUUAUACAGCCAUCUGAAAAUGGUUUAGAUCUGUUUGGUGAAUUUUUAGUUCCCAAACUGUACGCUGCCUAUAUACCAGUAUUGCUUAUUUUCUUCCAUGAUUGUCGUUGAUUGGUCACUACCAUUUAAAAAAAAAUCUAUGAAAUGAUACUUGUAUUGGCAGAUAUAUGCAAAUUAAGAGUCAUUUAUGCAAAACCGGCGAAAACUUGUUAGAGUACCUACCUAAAAUUUUUGGACAUAAAUUGUAUUUGUAUUUUUGUAAUUUAAGUUUGAGUGUUAAUGUUAACAAAUGUGUUUGAAAUAUUAUUUGUAUGUAUUAAAACAUUAGUUGUAAUGUAAAAGAUUAUACAUUCUUCAAAUUUUAUUUUAUUUCCGAAUUAUUAAUUUAACCCUCAUAAUAAGAAUUCUACGGGUUAUCGCGUGGUAUCGAGACUUUUUAUUCAACC